AAAAAAAGUCAAUCGUAAAUUCGUAAUGUUAUUAUGCAAGCUUAUUAACUCUUAUCCAAGUUUGCGCUUAACAGGCCAUUAUUUAACGCAGCAAAAAUGGGUCGUUUCAAAAAAAAAUUCAAGAUUUCAUUCAACUCAACAUCUAGAAGACGCAUAUAAGAAAAUGAAGGCAAAAUGUCAAUCAAAAAAGUUGCCGAAAGACGUCAACCCCAAAGCCGUUUUUGCGUGUAAUGAGCUAGAUUUAAAGGAAGUUAACGUUUAUGGGUUUGAUUAUGAUUAUACACUUGCUUGUUACAAGCCUUCAAUGGACUAUGUUUUAUAUAAUUUAGGUAGACAGACGCUUAUAGAACAGUACAAAUAUCCAGAAGAAAUAGCACAGUUGGAAUAUAAACCAGGUUUUGCUGUUAGAGGACUACAUUAUGACAUAGAAAAAGGAAUUUUACUUAAAUUGGAUUCUUUUUUACAAAUACAAUUCGGUUCUGUUUAUAAAGGAUUAACGCCAUUAUCUGUCGAAGAGGUUUUGAAAAUUUACAAAAACAGGAUUAUCCCCAUAGCUUAUGUUGAAGGGAAUACAAAAAAUUCUUCGUUGGUAUUACAGGACAGUCACUCUAAGAUGGUACAAUUAGCUGACUUAUUUUCUGUACCAGAAAUGGGUUUGAUCUGCAAUGUGGCAGACUAUUUUGAGCGAAAUCACAUUGAUUACCACCCAGAAAUUUUAUUUAGGGACGUUAAAAGUUCCGUAAAAAGCUCUCAUCCUGUUAUGCACAAAAUAGUCUCUGAAAACGUAUCUGAAUAUAUAGAAUCAAAUGAAAAACUUAGGCCAUUUUUUGAUCGUUUAAAAAGCGCAAAUAAGAAUUUAUUUCUAGUCACUAAUAGUCCUUAUAAUUUCGUAAACAAAGGUAUGGAAAUGUUAGUUGGACGUGACUGGAAAGACUACUUUGAUGUUCUUAUCGUUCAAGCAAGAAAACCACGGUUUUUCACCGAUAUUUCACGACCGAUUCGAGUAUUUGAUGAACAAAGCGGCAGUCACAUUUGGGAUCGUGUGACUAAAUUGGAAAAAGGAGUUAUUUAUUAUGAAGGAACUGUAAAACAGUUACAAGACUUAACUGGCUGGCGUGGUCAUCAAGUCUUGUAUUUUGGGGAUCACCCAUACAGUGACCUCGCUGAUGUAACGUUAGAGCAUGGGUGGAGGACUGGAGCCAUAAUCAAUGAGUUAACACAUGAAAUUGCCACGUUAAAUAACGUGGAGUUUAAAAAAAAUGCCAACUGGUUACAAAUGUUGACUCAACUAAUUGAAGACCAUCAAGAUUGUGAAGAUCCAGAAGAACAAAAAAUUCUACAAAAAUGGAUGGCCGAACGUGAUAAAUUAAGAAAUGAUAUUAAGUAUGUGUUCAAUCCCCAGUUUGGAAGCGUCUUCCGAACAUAUCACAAUCCUACGUAUUUUUCUAGACGAUUAUUUAGAUUUGCCGAUAUAUACACCUCAAAUAUAACUAAUUUAUUGAAUUAUUCAGUUAAGCACACUUUUUACCCAAGACGAGGUGUCAUGCCUCAUGAGUACAUAUCUUACUUUGUAUAGAUGAAAACAAAAACUAUGGUGUCAUAUUAAUUUUAUAGGAAAUGUAUACAUAAUAUUGUGUCUGCUGCAAGUAUAAAAUAUUUUUUUGGAA